ACCGCGGCAGCGGCGGCAGCGGCGGCGGUUCCUGUCCAGGGGCCUGAGAGCGGCGGUGGGCUUUGAGGCGAGCGGCUGCGCGGAGGGGCGCGGCGGCGGCGGCGGCGACUCAGCGCUUGGAGCCAGCGGCUCUGCUCUGCUCUCGGAGGCGGGUUCGGAGUCUGCCCGGCUCGAGGGGCGGCGGCGGCGGCUGCUCCGGAUUACGGCCUAGGCCUAGACGAAGCCUCGGGCUCGAGUGCGGCGAGGCGCCGACGAAGGGCGCGGCCCGGGCGGCAGGAUGAGCGUGGAGGCGUACGGCCCCAGCUCGCAGACGCUCACCUUCUUGGACACUGAGGAAGCCGAGCUGCUCGGCGCCGACACCCAGGGUUCCGAGUUCGAGUUCACCGACUUCACCCUCCCCAGCCAGACGCAGACGCCCCCCGGCGGCCCCGGAGGCGCGGGAGGCCCGGGCGGAGCGGGCGCAGGCGGCGCGGCGGGCCAGCUCGACGCGCAAGUUGGACCAGAGGGCAUCUUGCAGAAUGGGGCUGUGGAUGACAGUGUGGCCAAGACCAGCCAACUGCUGGCUGAGCUGAACUUUGAAGAAGAUGAAGAAGACACAUACUACACCAAGGACCUCCCAGUCCACGCCUGCAGUUACUGCGGAAUCCAUGAUCCUGCCUGCGUGGUUUACUGCAAUACCAGCAAGAAGUGGUUCUGCAACGGCCGAGGAAAUACUUCUGGCAGCCACAUUGUAAAUCACCUGGUGAGGGCAAAGUGCAAGGAGGUGACGCUGCAUAAGGACGGGCCGCUGGGCGAGACAGUGCUGGAGUGCUACAACUGCGGCUGCCGCAACGUCUUCCUGCUGGGCUUCAUCCCUGCGAAGGCCGACUCGGUGGUGGUGCUGCUGUGCAGGCAGCCCUGUGCCAGCCAGAGCAGCCUGAAGGACAUCAACUGGGACAGCUCCCAGUGGCAGCCCCUGAUCCAGGACCGGUGCUUCCUGUCAUGGCUGGUCAAGAUUCCCUCGGAGCAGGAGCAGCUUCGGGCACGGCAGAUCACGGCACAGCAGAUCAACAAGCUGGAGGAGCUUGAAAACCCUUCGGCUACCCUGGAGGACCUGGAGAAGCCAGGUGUGGAUGAGGAGCCACAGCAUGUGCUCUUGCGGUAUGAGGAUGCUUACCAGUACCAGAACAUCUUCGGGCCCCUGGUCAAGCUAGAGGCUGACUACGACAAGAAACUGAAGGAGUCACAGACUCAAGAUAACAUCACAGUCAGGUGGGACCUGGGCCUUAACAAGAAGAGAAUCGCCUUCUUCACUUUGCCCAAGACUGACUCUGAUAUGCGGCUCAUGCAGGGUGACGAGAUCUGUCUGCGGUACAAAGGGGACCUAGCACCCCUGUGGAAGGGGAUUGGCCACGUCAUCAAGGUCCCUGAUAAUUACGGUGAUGAGAUUGCUAUUGAGCUCCGCAGCAGCGUGGGCGCACCUGUGGAGGUGACCCACAACUUCCAGGUGGAUUUUGUGUGGAAGUCGACCUCUUUUGAUCGGAUGCAGAGUGCGCUGAAGACCUUCGCUGUGGACGAGACCUCUGUGUCAGGAUACAUCUACCAUAAGCUGCUGGGCCACGAGGUGGAGGAUGUGGUCAUCAAGUGCCAGCUGCCAAAGCGCUUCACAGCUCAGGGACUCCCCGACCUCAACCACUCUCAGGUGUAUGCUGUGAAGACCGUGCUGCAGAGACCACUCAGCCUCAUCCAGGGCCCUCCAGGCACAGGCAAGACUGUGACGUCUGCCACUAUUGUCUACCACCUUGCUCGGCAGGGCAAUGGGCCUGUGUUGGUCUGUGCCCCAAGUAACAUCGCUGUGGACCAGCUCACAGAGAAGAUCCACCAGACCGGACUGAAGGUUGUACGUCUCUGUGCCAAGAGCCGCGAGGCCAUUGACUCCCCGGUGUCCUUCCUGGCUCUCCACAACCAGAUCAGGAAUAUGGACAGCAUGCCUGAGCUGCAGAAGCUGCAGCAGCUGAAGGAUGAGACAGGGGAACUGUCGUCUGCAGAUGAGAAGCGGUAUCGGGCGCUCAAGCGCACAGCGGAGAGAGAGCUGCUCAUGAAUGCAGAUGUCAUCUGCUGCACUUGUGUGGGUGCUGGUGACCCAAGACUGGCCAAGAUGCAGUUCCGUUCCAUCCUCAUCGAUGAGAGCACACAGGCCACCGAGCCUGAGUGCAUGGUGCCCGUAGUCCUUGGGGCCAAGCAGCUGAUCCUGGUGGGUGACCACUGUCAGCUGGGCCCAGUGGUGAUGUGCAAGAAGGCAGCCAAGGCCGGACUGUCACAGUCGCUCUUUGAGCGCCUGGUGGUGCUGGGCAUCCGGCCCAUCCGCCUGCAGGUGCAGUACCGCAUGCACCCCGCCCUCAGCGCCUUCCCGUCCAACAUCUUCUACGAGGGCUCAUUGCAGAAUGGCGUCACUGCAGCGGAUCGUGUCAAGAAGGGCUUUGACUUCCAGUGGCCACAGCCUGACAAGCCCAUGUUCUUCUACGUGACACAGGGCCAGGAGGAGAUUGCCAGCUCGGGCACGUCCUACCUCAACAGGACGGAGGCAGCCAACGUGGAGAAGAUAACUACAAAGCUGCUGAAGGCGGGCGCCAAGCCUGACCAGAUUGGCAUCAUCACACCCUACGAGGGCCAGCGCUCCUACCUGGUGCAAUAUAUGCAGUUCAGUGGCUCCCUGCACACCAAGCUCUACCAGGAAGUGGAGAUUGCCAGUGUGGAUGCCUUCCAGGGCCGGGAGAAGGACUUCAUUAUCCUGUCCUGUGUGCGUGCCAACGAGCACCAGGGCAUCGGGUUCCUGAAUGACCCUCGGCGUCUCAAUGUGGCCCUCACCAGAGCGAGAUACGGCGUGAUCAUCGUGGGUAACCCGAAGGCACUGUCGAAGCAGCCGCUGUGGAACCACCUGCUGAGCUACUACAAGGAGCAGAAGGCACUGGUGGAAGGGCCCCUCAACAACCUGCGGGAGAGCCUCAUGCAGUUCAGCAAGCCUCGCAAGCUCGUCAACACCGUCAACCCGGGGGCCCGCUUCAUGACUACAGCCAUGUAUGAUGCCCGUGAGGCCAUCAUCCCUGGAUCUGUCUAUGACCGCAGCAGCCAGGGCCGGCCCUCAAACAUGUACUUCCAGACCCACGACCAGAUUGGCAUGAUCAGCGCAGGUCCCAGCCAUGUGGCCGCCAUGAAUAUCCCCAUUCCCUUCAACUUGGUCAUGCCUCCCAUGCCACCACCUGGGUACUUUGGACAGGCCAAUGGGCCGGCUGCGGGCCGGGGCACCCCAAAAAGCAAGACUGGCCGUGGAGGCCGCCAGAAAAACCGCUUCGGGCUUCCUGGGCCCAGCCAGACCACCCUUCCCAACAGCCAGGCCAGCCAGGACGUGGCCUCACAGCCCUUUUCGCAGGGUGCCCUCACACAGGGCUAUGUGUCCAUGAGCCAGCCCUCCCAGAUGAGCCAGCCUGGCCUCUCCCAGCCGGAACUGUCCCAGGACAGCUACCUUGGCGAUGAGUUUAAAUCACAGAUUGACGUGGCACUCUCGCAAGACUCCACGUACCAGGGAGAGCGGGCAUACCAGCACGGCGGGGUCACCGGGCUGUCCCAGUACUAG